AUGAAGUACGGAGACAGCAACAUUGAGCCCAUGGACUCUUCAAGACGGUUUGAACAUGUGUUAUACACCAUGGCACAUGAAGCGCGAGUCUCCUGUGGUGUCACUUCCAGAGACAGCCAUGUGGUGUCCACUAGCUGGCAACAAGGGAGCAGGAAGCCUCGUGAUCUACAGGCGCUGUCCUACUUGUGGUCACACACCAAGUACGUGGAGAUGUUUGUCGUGGUCAACAACCAGCGGUUCCAGAUGUGGGGCAGUAACAUCAAUGAGACGGUCCAGAGAGUAGUGGAUGUCAUUGCUCUGGCCGACAGCUUCACUAGGAGAAUAAACACAGAGGUGGUGCUGACCGGAAUGGAGAUUUGGACCGAGGGGGACCUAAUAGAUGUCGCAGUGGACUUGCAAAUCACACUCAGGAAUUUCAAUCGCUGGAGACAAGAGAUGCUCUUCCGUCGUGCGAAGCACGAUGUUGCCCACAUGAUCGUCGGGCAUCAUCCUGGACAGAAUACGGGCCAGGCCUUUCUCAGUGGUGCCUGCUCAAGCGGUUUUGCGGCAGCUGUUGAAUCCUUCCAUCAUGAAGAUGUGCUGUUGUUCGCAGCCCUGAUGGUCCAUGAGCUCGGGCACAACCUGGGUAUUCAGCACGACCACUCGGCCUGCUUUUGCAGAGAGAAGCACUUUUGCCUCAUGCAUGAAAAUAUCACAAAAGAAAGUGGCUUCAGCAACUGCAGCUCUGACUACUUCCAUCAGUUCCUUCGAGAACACAAAGGGGCCUGCCUAUUUAACAAGCCAUGGCCCAGGGGCCGCAAGCGUAGGGAUUCUGUCUGUGGAAAUGGCGUGGUGGAGGACACGGAGCAGUGUGACUGUGGUUCUCUAUGUCAGCGUCACCCAUGUUGUGAUGAAAACUGUAUACUGAAGGUGAAAGCAGAGUGCAGUGAUGGUCCAUGUUGUCAUAACUGUAAAUUUCAACCUAAGGGAUAUUCUUGCCGUCCUUCUAGUGAUUCCUGCGACCUCCCAGAAUUUUGCAAUGGUACAUCUGCAGUAUGCCCCGACAACAGGCAUAAGCAAGAUGGGUCAAAAUGUCAUAAAAUUUACCAGUGCAUUAAAGGUAAUUGUAUGGACCCUAACAAUCAGUGCAAACAAGUAUUUGGAUAUGGUGCAAAAUCAGCCUCACAAGAGUGUUACAAUUCAAUGAACAGCAAAGGGGACCGAUUUGGAAACUGUGGCAUUCCUACCAGUCCUGGGUCACAAUAUGUUCGGUGUUCAGAUGGUAAUACACUUUGUGGGAAACUUAUAUGUUCUGGGUUUACAGGCUUACCAAAAAUCAGUCUCCAACAUACAAUGAUUCAGGUCCCUCGGGGAGAUGACUCAUGUUGGAGCAUGGAUGCCUAUACAAGUACUGACAUUCCUGAUGAAGGAGACAUGCACAAUGGCACUUACUGUGCACCAAAUAAAGUCUGCCUAAAUUCCACCUGCACAGAUAAAACCCCAGUGAUGUCUGCCUGCAACCCAGAAAAAACGUGUAAUGGGAACGGAGUUUGUAACGAUUUAGGGCACUGCCACUGUAAUGAAGGGCAUGCCCCCCCUGACUGUGUUACUGCAGGAAGUGGAGGUAGUGUGGACAGUGGCCCUCCUGGUAAGCCAGGUGGGACACCUUCAGGAGGUCAAAAUCAAAAAAUAUCUAGUUCCAAACAUGAAGAACGUGCUGUAGACAUGAUGAUAUUAUCAUUCAUUAUACUUUUUAUAAUACUAUUAUUAAGUGUAAUUACUUGCUUGAUCUGCUUGCUUAAAAAAUCACCAGAGGCUGCCCCAGCAGAAGCUCCUCCAGCAGUGCCUCCACCACCGGCCGCAGAAAUAAAGCCAGAGGCAGCAGAAGUGGCCCCAGAAGAAAAAGAAGAAAAAGAAGAGGAGAAGGAAGAAGAAGAAGAAGAAGAAGAAGAGGAGAAGGAAGAAGAAGAAGAAAAGGAGGAGGAAGCAUCAGAUUCUUAAGGUUAGAAAUAAGGAGAUGAAGCCAAGUAUAUCAAACUUCUCAAGCACUGAGUGGAAAUGAGAGGUUUGGUGAAGUAGAAAUAGAUAGCUUUAGUGGCUCUGACUCAGAUAUACUAAUGUGGAAGGAAGGAUUCUUUCACUUUUAUUAUUCAUUUUAGUAAUUAAAUUUACAUUAAUUUAAUAUGUCAAAUAUUUUGGUACCUUUUGCUUUUUCACAUUUCAUUGGAACCAUUAACAAGCAUCUUUGGACAUCAAUGUCCUUGUCUGUUUGGGCCAAUUGUUUUAGUCACCAGAAACUUUUUCAGGACAUGCUGUCUUCUAUUUGUUUGACAUACAGAAUCAUAUGUGCCUGAAUUUAUUACUGUCUCUGGAAUUUUCAUUUUAAGUAACAACUACCUAUUAUGUGAGGACAAUUGUUAUAUGAUUAGUUGUUCUAACUUGACCUAUAAAUGUGCAUUCAUCAAAGGAAGAGUUUUUAAAUCCAAAAACAAAUAAAACCCUAUUCAUAUUAGACAUGUCCUCAGGUUCCACA